GAAGAACCAUGGAAUUGGCUGCAUGCUACAUCUGCUCUGAUAGAAGAAGGACAGCAGACACAGAUAUCUCUCUUUCAAAGAUUGGGAUCAGACAUGACUCAGAAACUCUGAAAGAAGUGUUAUUGAGGGCUCUCUCAGUUGGUUAUGUGGAAGAUAACCCAAGUGAAGUGGAAACCAACAGGACAUCAUAUGAUGCAAACAGAUAUGAAAGAAGAACAGACAGCAGUGAGAAAGAUAGACAGUUAGAGAUUGGAGGUGACAUAACUAAAGACAAUUCACAAUUACCAUUCAGUGACUUUGACUUGGAGGCUGACAGUGAAUCAAGUGCAACAGAGCAAAGCAACAUUCCUGAAAGAAAAAAAUAUAAUCGUAAAAGGAAUCAUAGAUGCAAUGAGUGUGCCAAAUUAUUUCCAUCCCAAGCCCAUCUGAAAGAACACAAGAUUAGUCAUUCCAGUGAACUGUCCUUUUCUUGUUCAAUAUGCCUGAAGGGUUUCAAGCGUAAGAAUGCUUUAAAUAAACAUAUGCGUAUCUUACACCCAAAUGGUGCAGAAAAAGUCUUGUGUACAUGUGGUAGGAUAUUUGCCAGUAAAGAAUUGAUGUACAAACAUCAAGCAGGUAGUGGAAGUCACAGACUCUUAGUUUGUCCUAUUUGUGGGGCAUUAUACAAGACGAGACAAAGCCUUGAUAGCCAUAUGAUGCUUCACAAGGAAAGUAAGUGCUAUGGAAAAGAGGACUCCUGGCCAUUCACAUGCUCCCUAUGUAAUGAAAGGUUUAGUAGCAAAGCAUCCCUCAGUAAUCAUAUUGCAUCAACCCACAGUAAUCAAGACUUUAAGUGUACUUUGUGUGAGAAAACCUGUAAAACUAAGCAGUUACUGUCCCAGCAUUUGCUUAGAAAGCACAAGUUAGGCAGUACUGAAUAUCCAUGCCCAGUUUGUAGCAAAGUUUUUUUGAUUGCCAAAGAUCUCAGACGUCAUGUACAAUCUCACAAUCUAGGAGGGUCACAUGAAUGUGCUCUUUGUCACGCCAAAUUCAAAUCUUACUUAACACUACAGGCUCAUAUGAAGAUUCAUGCUAAGGGUAAACCAUAUGACUGUGUAAUAUGUUUGAUACCCUUUGCUUCAAUUGAACUUUUAAAAGAUCAUUUCAAUGCACAUCAUGGUGUUAAAAUAAAUGAUGAUAAUUUUGUUAUGAACUGGAAUAGGAAGUGCCCAUUAUGUUCACAGGUUUUCAUGCGUCGGGCAGGUCUAGCCAUACAUAUAAAAACACAUUUUGAUUUUGAGGAUACAGAAAUUUUGUUUGUAGAAGGUGAUGAAGCUCAAGAUAUUGAAAAUGCAAUGACAGUACUUACAGAGGAAAGUGGUAACAGUGAACACCCUGGAAGAAUUCAAGAAAAUACUAACCUGACAGCAAUUAUAGAGGAAAAGGAUAGUAAUGAAUACUCUGGAAAGAUAGAAGCAAAUAGUACCAAUACAGUGUUUACAGAACAAGGAAAUAGUAGUGAAUACUCAAGAAUAAUCCAUGAUAAAUCAGAUUUUACUUAUGCACUUCAAGAAAAAACACUAAAUAAAGAUGACUAUAUAAAAUGUGACAGAGAAGUAAGAUUGCUGAAAGAGGUUGAUGAUGUUAGUGCAAAAGGAAUUUCAUUACUGAUAAAUUCAAUUAUUAAAGAGUCAGAGGUAGAGUGCUCAGAAGUUACUUGUGAUAAAAAGAGUACAAAAAGACUAUCAGAACAUAGCAACAAUAAUAUGGAAGUCUGUAUACCAGACAAAGAAGUAGGUGAGUGUAAAAGCAAAGAGGAAAAAUUAUUCUCUGCAAGAAUGGAAGAAAUAGACUCUGAAGGAGCAACAAAAUGUGAGGAUGAUAAUAUAGAUACCUCAAGAAACCAUUCCAGUGAAGAAGAAGAAACAAGAUAUAUAUGUGGUCAGUGUUCUUCAGUAUUCCUUGACAUGGAAGAUUUACAGACUCAUUUGCUAACAUGCUACCAACAAGAUACAGAGGAUGAUUAUGUCGUAGUCUUUGAAGUAGAUGAAAGUAAUGUAAAUUAAGUAGAAAAUAAAACAGUUUUUCACAGCUUAAUUUUAAGUACUUUUUUAUUUAUUAGUAUCUUUUAUUAAUUAGUUAUAAUAUUCUGUGAAGUUGCCAUAUGCUAAUAUCAUUAGUACUAACUGUAGGAACUUGAUCAAAUAAUAAUUUCAAAAUUGUC